AUGGAGACGCAUCAGAUCGAGGACGCUGAGCAAGCUGCACUUACUAUUGACACCGCGUCGCAGAAAGCGGAUAGCGAGACAUUUACCGACCAAAAGGCUCGACUCGAAGAUGCGUCUACCGCGAAGGUACGCAAGGUGAAAGACCGCCAACGCAUCAAGGCUGAACGUGCCCGUCCACGCAUCAUGAUCAUCAUCGCGUGUCUUGCCUACCUGGCCACAGCUCUUCUCGCGAUCAACAUCGGAUUGCUCAAUAUCUCGAACUUCAUCGAACCGCGUCUCGCAUUGGCAGAGUCUGAGACUCAAGCGGAGUCAUUCGGUAUCGUGCGAGAGCGAAUGCGACUUAUACGACUCGAGAAGCUUCUUGCUGGGCAGUUAAGCAGGAUGUCCAUGGAAAGCCACGAAGAAUGUCUUGCGCGAGGACUUCAGGCUGCCCACAAGAUCCAUGACGGUUUCCAAUAUGCCGAUGUUCGUAACCAAACCAUGGAUUGGGUCAUGGAGAACUGCGGUCGUCUUCUAUACACACCGCAAGUCGCAGAUCCGUCUCUGCAACAAACCGUCCUGGCGCAUUUGACUCACACCAGCAACCGUGGCCGCCAGAUUGCCGAGGAAGCCGUGAGCUUUGUGAAGCAAAAGGCCCAUUGGAUCUUGCAUCGACUGUUCAGCACGGAUCUUGCUCAAGAUGAUUCCGCCCGCAUCGAAUACGUCCAGGCACACGACCAGUUCCCAAAGUCUUCCAACAAUCCGCUACCCCGCAUUCAGAUGCCCUUUGGGUUCGACCUGGCCUGCGAGGACUACAGUCCGUGUCGCCUCAUUUACCCCCACAAAUCCACAAAUCCAUAUAGCAAGCCAACGUUCACGAUAGUGAAAUUUCGGGCAUCCGCACACAAGUUCGCCGAACUGUCUAUUGUCAAAGCCAGGCUUGAUACGCUCCGAGCAGCCUUCGACAUGUUGGUUUUCGUUCUCGUACUGGCUUAUGGCUGCCUCAUCGUGAUUUACAUCCGCGUAAAGGCCUUCAAACCGGCACAAAUAAUACUUCCCGCCACCUCACUAGAGGAGGGCCAGUCAAUCCUCAGCAUCAUCAUGCUCCUCAUCUCGAGGGAAGAUAAAUACUUGUUUGGCUCGCUCGCUCUUGAGGUCGUCUCGUCACUUCUGUACUGCUCGACACUGUACGCUUCUCGCACUGGAGGAAAGCUGAGCAUGAUAUGGGGUCUUUUCAUGUCGAUGGUGGGCCUUUCUAUGAUGGCCAGUUUUCUCGUCCCGUCAUCGCAGCUGGAAGACAUAUUCAUGAUCAGCAAAUCGGCGAAGGAGUUGUGGUUGAUCAUGCAGGAUCGUGAGAUUCCAGGCUCGGCCAGUAAGGAAAAGAAGGUCACUCGGGGCACUCGACCGAACACGGAAACUGCUCUAAACCAGAUCAAGAAGGACAGCUUAUCGACUGGUGUUCAACCUGAGCGACUGUUGCCGCUGUCCUACGAAACCACGAGUCGUUCCAUCUCCCCGACUACGGUGAAACAGGAAAAUAUUCAGGCGGAGGAGUUGCAAGCUUUGUACGAGGAGCGGUCCAUCGAGAAUUCAGAUAGCGAAUUCGGUACUGACUCUGAGAUCGAUAGUGAGGACUCAGAUGAUCUCGCUGGCCGUUUCGCGACUACAAGCAACGAUCUCGAGUCAGGUUGGUCUGUUGUGGAUCCCUAG